AUGCAAAGAGUUCGCGAACGAUUAGAAAUAAAGCCCAAUACAUCCCAAUUUGGAUCAAACGAAAAUGAUUUCUAUACUUUCGAGCGUAAUUUCUGUCAAAAUACUGAUAGUGAACGAAGUUCUCCAAUAUCUUCAAUCGACCUCAGUGUCGGUCAAACGAGACAAAUGAUAUCAAACCAUUCGUUUAUGAAAGUUGAAAAAGUAAUAUUCACAGAAAAGAACAAUUUAUCAGUUAAAGAAUAUAUUGAUCCAUUAAUUCAAUUGCAUACACCAUCAAAUCUAGUUUCUAAUCUUCGAAUCUUGGAUAGGUCAAGUUCUGUAAGUUCAUUUGAUUGA